GUGGACUUGGAGCACUGGGAUCCGUCUCCUGUGUCCAACCCAUGGGAUCCGUCCCGUGGACUCUGAUCCUGGGAUCUGUCCCAUGGGAUCCGACCUAUGGAUUCCAACCCGUGUAAUCCAACUCAUGGAAUCUAGCCUGCAGACUCUGACCCAUGGACACCCAGCCAUGGAAUCCAAGCGGUGGAAUCCAUGCAUUCUGGUACUUCGGGUAGGGAAGGUGCCAGAGUUUAUGGCGAAGGAGACACUUGAAACUGCAGGUUUUGGAAUCUGAGAGAGAGAGCUACUUCCGACACUGUCCAUGAGCUCCUACAGUGGGUGUGAGGAUAUUUAGGGGAAAGUUAUUUCAGGAUUUGCAUGUGGUUGCUGCUUCAGUUGAAUAGUCAGUGAUUUAUAGGAUCCAAAGUGCCUCGAAGCUGAAUUUUGCCUUCGGCAGAAACCCUGGUGAAGUUGGGCGACUUUGGGGAGGAAGUAGAGGAGAUUGCGUGGUGAUUCAAGUGGUCUUUUUCUUGUGAAUCGUUGAACAGGUGGGUGAACCGUUAGCCCUGACUACCAACUGGCAUGCUGUGCAUGGAGCCUCAGGGGAUUGUAAAGGCAUUUCGAAAGGUGAAGCGAGCCCGGGACAUCCAGUCAGCCACAGCAGGGGAGCCCCAGAAGAAGACAAAGCCAGAGGAAGUCAAAGAGCUGUGGUUGAAUGGAAUGACAGCGUAUAUCAUCCAGGCAGGGAUUGGGAAGACGCGGACGGAAAUCUUUCAGAAGCAGAUUGCACAGAAUGGUGGUGAGGUCAGCCUUGCCUUCAGCUCAGCUGUUACCCACGUGAUUGCAGAAGAUGGGAUGGAUUAUGACCGAGCCCUGCACCUCCUGAAGCUCUCGGUGCUGCCUCCCAAUGUCCAAGUGCUGCGCUCCGCCUGGCUCAGCUCGUGCAUCUCGGAGCGGAGACUUUUGAGCACCACGGGCUACAGCAUCUUCACCCCGGACAACCCUCUACCACCUGAGCAGCAGGUCCAUGCUCAGAAGUCAGGGGACGAGGACCAGCAGGGGAACACACAUCCUGAUGUCAACACACAGUCUGUAUUGUCUCCAGAUGCCAGGUUGAACUGUACAAGGGCAGAGGAACCUUUAGCUGAGCACCCGCAAGGCACUACGGCCAGAGAAAACAAGGAAACACCUCAAGGCUCUGCAGCCCAGUUCUUCAAUGCUGAUAGCAACAGUGACUCGGAGGACGAUGGUGUCUCGCAGCAUGACCUGCAGGCUCUGAUCUCCGGGGACAGACGUCCGGCGGCUGGCCCUGAACUCCGAGAGCCGGCUGUCAGUACCAAGUGGGUGUGUGCCCGGUCAUCGGAGAGCAAGAGGCUGAACCACAACAAGGCCAUCACGGACAAGCUGAAGACGUUGGAGACUGCGUACACGCAUCAGGGUGACAAAUGGAGAGCGCUAGGAUAUGGCAAGGCCAUCAAUGCACUGAAGAGUUACCAUAAACCAAUCGCCUCCUAUCAGGAGGCCUGUGAGAUCCCCGGAAUCGGCAAGCGGAUGGCUGAGAAGAUUUGGGAAAUUCUGGAAACUGGACACCUGCGCAAGCUGGACUACAUCAGCGAGAGUAUCUCUGUGCUGGAGGCUUUUGCCAACAUCUGGGGAGCUGGUGUGAAGACUGCCCAGAUGUGGUACCAGCAGGGAUUCAGGACAUUAGAGGACAUUAAGACAAAAGCCAAUCCCAACAGGCAGCAGAUUAUUGGCCUCAAACAUUACCACGAUUUCCUGGAUCGUAUGCCCAGAGAAGAGGCUGCUGAGAUUGAGAGAACUGUGUGUGACAUGGCUCACUCCAUUAACCCCGGCCUGAUCAGCCUGGCCUGCGGUUCCUUCCGCCGUGGAAAGCCCACCUGUGGCGACGUGGACGUCCUCAUCACGCACCCCGACGGAAAGUCACACAGAGGGGUCUUCAGCAAAGUCCUCGACGGUCUGAGGGGCAGAGGAUUUGUCACCGAUGACCUGGUCAGCCAGGAGGAGAACAGGAACCAGGUGAAGUAUCUGGGUGUUUGCCGCCUUCCAGGUCCUGGGCACCGUUACCGAAGGCUCGACAUCAUCGUGGUGCCGUACGCGGAGUUCGCCUGCACCCUGAUGUACUUCACCGGCUCGGCGCACUUUAACCGGUCCAUGCGUGCGCUGGCCAAGACCAAAAACAUGAGCCUGUCGGAGCACUCGCUCAACUGCCAGGUGCUGCGGGAGGGGUGGAACAAAGUCAACCGCGGGCUCGUCCUCCCCACCCCCAGUGAGCGGGCCAUCUUCGAGCACCUGGGGCUGGUUUACAGGGAGCCGCAGGAGAGGGACUGGUGAAGUUCAGUGUUGCCACACACACUAGGGUGGGGCAGGGACCCUGAUCCCCCCCCACAAGGGACACCAUGUGUGACAGAGCUCCAGAGCUGCUCAGAGAUGGUGGUGACUGUGGCAGUCAGCAGCUCACCCACCCUGUCCGUACCACAGCUGCACCGUCUGAGCAAACAAUGUGGCCGUUUCUUUAUAAACAGACAAAAGUAGAGAGGUGCAAUUUGUAUGUUAAAGUGGGUAGGACCGGGAGCAGGGAGGGUCUGAUAGACCAAACUGCUUUAUUUCAAUGCAAGAAGCCUGACAGGUGAGGCAGGUGGGAUCAGCACAUAGGACUGGGGUGUUACAGCUAAUACAUGGUGGGCAGGACUGGUAGCUCAGUGGUCCAGGGUGCAGAUGCUGCAGACGUGAUGGAGGUGGAGGUGAGAGAGGAGGGGGAGGUGCAGUUUUGAUAAGGGUGGUUGGGGAGGAUAUUCCUGAGGAUUCAUCCAGUGAGGCUGUAUGGGUGCAACUCAGAAAUGGGAAGGGGUCUGAUCACUUUGAUGGAAUUGUACUACAGGCCUUCCCAACAGUCAGUGGGAAUUGAGGAGCGGAUAUGUAGGGAGAUUGCAGGUAGGUGUAUUUAGGGAAAGCCAGGUGAAUAUGUCAGGAUUGGGAAGAUGUAUUGGAAUUGGUUUAUUAUUGUCACUUGUACCGAGGUACAGUGAAAAAACCUGUCUUGCACACCAAUCGUACAGGUCAAUUCAUUACACAGUGCAGUUACAUUGAGUCAGUACAGAGUGCGUUGAUGUAGUACAGGUAAAAACAAUAACAGUACAGAGUAAAGUGUCACAGCUACAGAGAAAGUGCAGUGCAAUAAGGUGCAAGGUCACAACAAGGUAAAUCGUGAGGUCAUCGUCCAUCUCAUUGUAUAAGGGAACUGUUCAAUAGUCUUAUCACAGUGGGGUAGAAGCUGUCCUUAAGUCUGGUGGUACGUGCCCUCAGGCUCCUGUAUCUUCUACCCAAUGCAAGAGGAGAGAAGAGAGAAUGACCCGGGUGCGUGGAGUCUUUGAUUAUGCUGGCUGCUUCACCAAGACAGCGAGAGGUAAAGACAGAGUCCAUGGAGGGGAGGCUGGUUUCCAUGAUGUGCUGGGCUGUGUCCACAACUCUCUGCAGUUUCUUGUUGUCCUGGGCAGAGCAGCUGCCUUACCAAGCCUCAAUUCCACUCAUAUCCAGAGAUCUCUUGACCUCGGUCAUCGACUCAGAUCCACUGUCCUCGCGGGUAGAGAGUUCCUACAAUUCACCACCUUUUGGGUUGAUUUAUGUCAUUUUGGAGAAGUUGUCUGGUCUUGCUGUGGUGCCUCUGUAUAGAACAUAGCACAGUACAGUACAGGCCCUUCGGCCCACAAUGUUGUGCCGACAUUUUAUCCUGCUCUAAGAUCUAUCUAACCCUUCCCUCCCACACAGCCCUCCAUUUUACUAUCAUUCAUGUGUCUAUCUAAGAGUCUCUUAAAUGUCCCUAAUGUAUCUGCCCCACAACCUCUGCCGGCAGUGCGUUCCACACACCCACCACUCUCUGCGUUUAAAAAAAACUUACCCCUGACAUCCCCCUUAAAAUUAUGUCCCCUCGUGUUAGCUAUUGUCGCCCUGGGAGAAAGUCAAAUUAACUUUCAAGUGCUCAGGUGUAACAAAUUCUGUUAUUCUCAAUCAUGUUGUAGGGAUGGCUGCAAUAGGUUCAACUCUGUGGGUUCCCCAGUCUCUGGGCAUGUGAGUGGCAGGUUACCAUACUCCAGUCAAAUCUAAAACUGGUGAUUUGUCCCCACCUUGUGGACAGAAAUAAUUCUUCCCUAUUCAACAGAUGUGUUGGAACAGCCCUAGCUCACUCAACCUUUCCUCAUAAAACAUGCUCUCCAAUCCAGGCAGCAUCCUGGUAGAUCUCCUCUGCAGCCUCUCUAAAGCUUCCACAUCCUUCCUAUAAUGAGGCGACCAGAACUGAAUACAAUAUUCCCAAGUAAUGAGGCCCAUCAAAGCUAUGGUGGCUCUUGGCACCUCUCCCUGUAGCCAUACUCUCUCACAAGCCGCCUACAGUAACAGCCCUGGGUUACAGCCACUCAAUUAGGCUGUGAAAUUAGAAAUUUUCUUCAAUCUCAAUUACAUUCUUCUCCUUUGAGUCCUGAUAAGAAUUUAUUAGAUGUAAUUUUUAAUUUGGAACCUUUUCAGGAUGGCUCAAUAUUUAAUAUUUAUGACAGAUUACUAGGAAUGAGUAAGGUGCCACUGGAUAAAAUUUAAAACACUUGGGAACAAGAUUUGCAGAUGUCAAUUUCUGAGGAAACUUGGAAUGAAAUUUUCAAGUUGGUUAAUACCUCGUCAUUAUGUGCUCGUCACUCUGUCCUUCAAUUUAAAGUGGUCCAUAGAGCUCACUUGUCUAAAGAUAAAUUAUCCCGUUUUUAUUCUGAUAUAUCUCCUGACUGUGAUAAAUGCAAUAACAGAGUGGCUUCCUUAAUUCACAUGUUUUGAAUGUGUCAGAGUCUUUAAAAAAAUAUUGGACAGAGUCUUUCAUACUUUUUCUGUACUUUUCAAAAUAAAUUUUAAACUUAAUCCUUUGACUGCACUAUUUGGGAUCGUUGGAGACAAAGAUAUAACUUUGAAGGCUUCUGAUUUACACAUUCUGGCUUUUGUUUCUCUUAUAGUCAGGAGAGCUGUGUUGCUUAAAUGGAAGUUACUUGGCCUAUUCAUGCUCAAUGGUUACCAGAUGUUAUGUCAUACUUGAAUCUAGAGAAGAUUUGCUGUUCAGUUUUUGAAUCUAACCUAGACUUUCAAACCCUGUGGGGACUUUUUUUUAAAGUAUUUUCAAAAUCUCUGGUUUGGGGACUAAAAUGCAGAUAUUGGCUGACACGGUUACGUUUUUAAAGGGUUUUCCUUGUUUUUUUUUCCAUCUAACAGCUUCAGGUUUUGGUAGUGGGAGUAGAUUUUUUUAAUAAAAUAUUUCAAUUUUUUUCCCUUUAUUGACUUCUAUAUAUGAUUAUUAAUUUAGAGAAUUGUAGUCUAAG